CCGAACUGCACGAGCCCAGCCCGUCUCCAUGGGAACGGCGCGUGAGGACGUUCUCCGCGCGGAGCUCGCGGCAAGCGCAGUUCAUUGGCGAUGUCAGAUACUCUGUUCGGAAACGGGGGUCUGGGAGACCUGCGACCCGCCUCCCGAGGUUUGGUGAUCGGCCAAAGGUCUAGGAGCGUCGCCCGUCCGUCUGCUGGCUCCCACGAAUCCCAGAUGUCCAGGCACAAAGCCCUGCAGCGUGAGACAGCAGCCUCUGUUCAGUCCCUCCUGGAGGAGAACUUAUCUGCAGUGCAGUUUGAGGACCUGGUGGCAUGGCAGGUGCAGGAAAAGAAGGAGGACUUGAAGGCUGCCUUCCGAGCGCUUGACCCGGAGCGUCGGCUAAGCGUCACAAAGGGGGAGUUCAGGCGUGUUAUAGAGGGCCACCUACUGGCUCUCACUCAUGCUCAGCUUGAAAUGCUGCUGGCCAAGGCUCCAAAAAAGGUGGAUGGGACUAUCUCCUAUCUGGAAUUCCUUCGACAAUACUGCAAAAUCUUGACUACAAAGAGCAGGCGGCCCCAAAGCCCAGGACGCUGCAUGAUGCUAGCAGAGAUUCAGCGUCGCCUCAGAGAGAAGAUCGAAGGCAACGUGAAAGGUAUCAUCAGGGCCUUUCGUCUGUUUGACUACAACCGUGACGGCAAGAUACAGCACCACGAGCUGCGCAGAGUGCUGGAGGCCUUUUGUUUCCCUAUGAAUGACAGGGAAUUUCACAGACUCUGGUCCCACUACAGCCCAAACAACACGGGGGCAAUGUCCUACAAAGAGUUUCUGGAAAAGCUGGGCAUACAUUGCGAAAACCAUGGCAAGUUUGUGCAAGAGUCUGCAAAGCUAGCUUUGAACUGGUGCGCUGUCAGUCAGGAUGAAAAGGGAGCAUCCUGCAGAAGAGCAAAGAGGAAAGCUGUCCCUUUCCAAAGGUUGACACUAGAGGAAAUCCAGACCAUAUAUCUCCAGAAAAUGCGGGUAAACUACAGCAAUGUUCAUAAAGCCCUACAAGCCUCUGACAGCACCCAAAGCGGACUUGUAUCCCGAGAAGACCUGAAAGCAGUCCUCAGCAACUUCCUGUAUCCCUUGAGCGACAUCACUUUCCAGAGUCUUAUGAAUCGAUACGGGAUCAAAGCCACAGGACCUGUGUCGUGGAGGCAGUUUCUUACUCAGUUUAUGAAUUUGGCCAUGGGGGACGAACAGACAUUGCCUGGCUCUCCCCAAACCACCUCUUGCAAGGAGGACCUGGCCCAGGAUAUUCCAGCAGACCUACAGAAGCUGAAGGAGCAUAACAAAGAUGAGAAGGUCACACUGGAGGAAUUAAAUAGAGUGGUGGACAGCUUGAAUGUCCGCCUGAUUGACAACCAGUUUGGGGAGCUGAUGACCCUGUUAGAUCCUGACCAUUCUGGAGUCAUAUCCAAUAGAGAUUCCCUGGACAUUAUUGACCCACAGAGGCAAAGCAAGGUGCAGGGGCUUCUCCAGGACAAACUCUUACAUCAGUUCAACACGGUCAUGGUUGCGCUUCAACAAUGCGACAGCAGCCGGAGAGGAAUCGUUAGCCAAGGGGAACUCAGAAACAUCAUUAAGCAGUCUGGGUUGCCUUUGUCUGAUACCCAUUUCAAAAAUCUGUUGUGCAGGAAGGAGGACUCGAACCACAUCCAUGCUGAGAACAGGGGGAGAAAGAUGGUACAGGACAUGGCCCUAAAGGGUAUCCAUAAGAGCCUAGCUAUGCGCAGUUGUACCAUCCACGACCAUUUGAGGACCAUGCAGAAAACAGCGAAUGGAGUCCUGACCAUAAAGAAUCUCAGAAGGAUGCUGGAGGACUGUGAAAUAUUUCUGGAAGAGGACCAUUUUUGCACCCUUGUAGAAGUUCUUGGUUUUAAAGAUGAAAAACUCUCUCAGUCUGAAUUCCUGGCUAAAUACAAAGAGAGCAUGAGCAGAGCAAGUGCCACAGACCCCAAAAAUAAGCCCAUGGAAGAUAAACCUGCCAACUUCUCGACAGCAGAGCAGUGCCUCUCCUUGAUGAAAAAGCGAAUCAUGGAAUUUCAUGGGGACAUCCACACGGCAUUCCGGCUCAUGGACAAGAACCAUGAUGGCCUAGUCAGCAGGCCAGACUUCAAGGAUCUGUACAGCAGUUUGAGGUUCAUUACAAAACAGACUGAGUACCAGCGCCUCCUGGACCUCCUGGGACUCACACCUGGUGCCACUCUCAACUACCCAGAAUUCUUAAGCCUCGUCCAGUCAAAUGCCAGCAAAGUGGCGCAUCUGUGUGCCAGCUCUAGGGCAAAACUAUUUCUAGAUCAGCCGUGUGACGACGUCCAUAGCUACCUAGUGUUGAAAGCUCGCACUGGAUGGCCUGACAUGGCAAAGGCGCUGUGUCACUUUGAUCGGGACAGCCAGGGCAUCAUCUUUAAGAAUGACCUUAGAAAUCUCUUGUACACCUAUGCUGUGCCCCUCACACCAAAAGAAUUUAACCAGCUGUGGCUCAGGUAUGACAAAGAAGGAAAAGGCUGCAUCACACAGUCAGAGUUCUUAAGGAAUGUUGGUCUGGAUCCAGAGGAUAAGGGGCAUGACCUGUACAAGAUGACAUUCAAAUACAUGGACACAGAGUCGAAGGGAAGGACAAGCAAUGCUGGUUCACAGACACACCACGCAAUGGCAAAACUUCAUAGCCUCUGGAAGGCAGUCAGACAGAACCAGGAAGAGUUGAGUGCAAGUCUGAGAGAGUUGGGUGAAGGUGUGGGGGAAGGCAAGGACAAUGGAGACUAUGUCACUGUGGAGGAGCUACUGGCACUCCUGCAGAAGCACUGUGAUCACAUAGAGCUGGAGGGGGAGGAGGAACUUAUCCAUCUUCUCAACAGUGUAGGGAUCGAUGUGCACAACGGGAAGCUGUCACACCUGGACUUCUUAAGCACAUUUGAUGCCAGGGCCAAGGUGCCAUCAAACUGCUGCACAGAAUUGCCUGUACUGAUGGACAGGAUGGAAAAGCGGGGGCUGGAGAAGGCCGUAUUGCAGGUCCGAGAGCUGGUUACAACCUCGGCCAAGACUCUCAGUAAGGCUUUCUCUGCAUUUGAUAAGACGGGGAGUGGCACGGUUAAUCUGCAGGAGUUCCGCCAGGUCCUGGACAGUUUUUGCCUCAAACUUUCGGAUCACCAGUAUGUAUAUCUGUUAUCCAAGAUGUCAGUGAAGCAGGGGGAUGAUGCUGUCAACUGGAGGACCUUCCUGCAUUGCUGCACCCUCAGCUGCCAGGAGACAUCAGAAGAGUGGAAACAAAGGAUGGAAAAGGCAGCCCACUCUAGUGAGACCCACCCAAUGACAGUGAGUGACAUUCUGGGACAAAUCCACAAGGUCAUCUCCUCCUGCCUCUGUACCCUUACCAAGGAGAAGAUGGACUUAGACAACAGCCACAUUGUCAUCUCUAAAAAAGACUUGAAGACAGUUUGCGACCAUCAUUUCAUGAGGCUCACAGAUGACCAGUUUGAGAAAUUAUGGAACAGGCUGCCAGUGAACUCUUUUGGAAACCUGGAGUACCGCAGGUUUCUAAAGUGCUUCAACAAAGAUUUCCAGGGCUGCUUCACGGGCCUUGAGGAUGGAGCUCUGGGCAAGGCCCCCUCCCCUCCCCAAGGUUUCACAAUCCGCCAAAGACCCAAAACCUCCUCCUACUGCAUAGGACUCUCCAAGCCAGCAGAUGCUACAGAGUACAACAAACGACCAUCCACAGCUGGAGUGAAGGCCGUGUCCCUGCUGAGCUCAGAGUUGUUGGAAAAGAAGCUGCAGGACCAGGUACGGGCCUGCUGGAGAGUGAUCCAGAAGAGAUGCAGGGAGCUGGACAAAGAAAGACUUGGGGAAAUUGACAUGGACAAAUUCCUAGCCAUAAUGGAAGACCUCCAUAUUGAGAUGAGCCAGCAGGAGCUGGAGCAGCUGGCCAUGAAGUACAACAUCAAGAACAAUGGCAGACUCUCGUACCCUGGCUUCCUGCAAAACACAGUACUCGCCCUGAGGCCCCCAGCGAGGCGAGCCUUCGGCCGGCCCAAAGUACCCCAGCCCCGGACACCGAUGAGUGCUGGGGUGCUCAGCGGGCCGUGUUUGGAUGCCAUGCUGAGGAUGCAGGGCCUAGUCCAGCAGUUCAGGAGGGGACUUAGGCAGAACUUUGUCACCUUGGACCGGAACCGUACUGGCAGCAUCACUGUUCAGGACCUCAGAAAGGUGCUGAGACUAUACAGCAUUAAACUCUCUGAGGAGGAAUUCUUCCAUCUCUGCUCCUUCUUUGACAAGAACAUUUCAGGGAAGAUAUCCUACGACGACUUUCUGCACACCUUUUUAGGAUGAGGGGAGGCAGCCGUCCAUUCCCACUGUGAGGUUGAUGAACACAGAUCCCUGAUUUUCGUGUUCCAUCAGAGCGCCGCUGUUAAGAUUUGAUAGUUUUUGCAGCAAGGAGAUGCAAUACUGCUUGUAUCUGGCAAAAAAAAAAUCCCCCCACAAGCUCCACAUCAUUCAUCUAACUACUGAGAGAACACAAGUUAUAAUACACUCACGCUCGAAUCCCAUCAAAUCAGAGAAGCACACAGAGGAAAGGAAAACCAAUUAAAACUUGAAAAAAAAAAUUACACUGAUGCCUUUCUGAAAACAUGACUACUCUCAAGCUGAAUUACCGUAGCUUUAAAUUACACCUGUAUUUCCUUAUGUUUUCUUAUUCCAUUCAAAUCACACACAUACUGUUCCAUAUGCUUGCUUCGAAUAUUGCCUUUUUC